UAACUGUCUGCAAGUCGUUAUGAGCAAGCAGAAGUUUCUCCUUCGGCACUUGUGGAGAAGUCUGAAGCUUAGAUCAAAACCUGAACAUAUAAGAAGUUAUCGUAAGGAUGCUUCAAAACAGAAAUCACCUGUUUCAACUCUGAAAAGCAUAUUUACAGAAGUGGCUUGGCUUACUGUUCCUGCAGUAACAUUCAGUCUAGGAACAUGGCAGGUGUCCCGCAAAGAAUGGAAGGAGAAAAAAAUAGCUUACAUGCAGAAUAAAGUUUCUUCUCCACCUAUUCCCUUACCAGAGAAUUUAGAAGACCUUAAGGACACAGACAUGGAGUACACACCUCUAAGGGUUGUAGGAGAAUUUGAUCAUGAGAUGGAACGAUACAUCUACCCACGUGCCAAUGUCCAGGACAUAAAAAUCUCUGAAGUGAAAGGCAUGGGAGUCACUCCAACCCGAGGUGGGAUGCUUGUCAUAACACCAUUUAAACUAAAAGACAGAGAUGAGAGAAUAUUAAUCAAUAGAGGCUGGAUUCAAAAGACAAAUGUGGAUCCAAACUCAAGAUCUGAAGGACAGGUUAAAGGUGAAGUUGAAUUGGUUGGUGUGUUACGACACUCUGAAGCGAGUAAUACGUUCACCCAAAAUCAAGGUUUGGACAACCCAAAAGUUUUGAUAAAACGAGAUGUAGAUAGUCUGGCUGAAACUCUGAAGACGUCUCCUGUUUACUUGGAUGCUGACUUCAGUAGCACUGUGGAAGGAGGACCAAUUGGGGGCCAAACUAUUGUCACACUCAGAAAUGAACAUUUACAAUAUAUUCUGACUUGGUAUGCUCUCUGUAUUGUGAGCCUUGUCUUUUAUGCGCGACGCUUCAGAAAACCACCUGCUUUGCAAACACAGAUUCGUAGAAAAAAAUGAUAUACUAGGAUUCUCAAACUUAUAAAAGACUUGUAGAAAAUUUGUGGAAAAGCAGACAUGGAUAAAUGAAAUAUAUAUUGAAUUUUUCUACUCUUGAAGUCUAAAUGUUUGCAAGUGACACCUUUGUGUGUUUGUGUGAGUAAUAAAUAUUUUGUAAAAUAUACAUGUAAUUUUGUGAGCUGAACCUAAUGAGCGUCUUAUGUCAAUUAUUCUCCAGAUUUUACAGCUAUUAUAAUGUGUAGGAUGUAUAUAUGUUUAACCAUGCUAUAUCUGUGAUGUGUGAAAAGAUUCCGCUCCCCCCUUAUAAAUAUUCAGGUAUUCACUGGUUGAAAUAAUUGAACAAUUAUCAGAUUAUCAGAAAGAUGGACACAUAUCCUGAAGGAAAUGCAGAGUGUAUAUCUAAAUCAUUUUCAUUGAUCUUUAUAAUUACUUUUCAAAACAAGUCCUCAUUACACAAGUGUUAAAAUAUUCAGCAGGCCUGGAAAAAAUACAUCAGAUAUAUUGAUUUAAAAUUAUCAGCUGCUGCCUUUGUUGCUUGAUCACACCUUUUACAGGUGUUUUGAUAUAGUUAUCCGUUUCCUGUCUCUGAUGAUAGAUAGUCUCAUCCUUGAUCAUAUCAGUUUAGUUCAAAAUGCUGAGUUCUUCCUGCGUUGAAUAAUUAGGGUUUUUCACCAGUUGGUGAAAAGACCUAUUGUUUUUGUUAUGUUUCUUAUUAUUAUUCUUAUUAUUCUUCUUCCAAUAUUGUGGGUUCGUAAUCUUUUAAAUUGUAAAAGCUAGACACACAGUCUAUUCAUCUAUUUGUAGAUACGUAUAUGAAGUUGUCGAUGCCGAUUUUUUAAGUAGGUCAAAAAUCCAAUAUGGCAGCCAUGACAUCAUAAGUUAAAAACUUAAAAAACGGCAAUAUCUCAUUACAAUUUGUUUACAUUGCACUGAGAAAAAUCCAGUGACUUACUGUACAUUAAAGUCACUAUCUCACAUGGGUCCAUUGGAUGUGAUUAGAGUUGUGCAGGGGUGAGUUUGAAAGCAAGCUUGGAAAUGUCUGAAUGCUGAGAAUAAGUGCAAUCGAGUUAACACUAUAUGUAACUAUAUCAAACUUCAAUGAGAUUGAGUGAAAACGUUGACUUGGUAAAAGGAUUGUAAAAGUAAGAUACAUUUUUGUCUGAAAGGAUUGUACAAGAUUAUUAUCAAAUGUAUAUUUUUUGUCUUAAUACACAUGAAAAUUAAGACAAUGUGUCUUGUACUGGUGAUUUUCAAAUAAACAGUGACACUUUGGCAAAUAUGAAUCACAAUAAUAACAAGUGAUCAACAGCUAA